ACCUUUGGCCUGCCACAAGGACUGCUCAGACUUUGGAACCAGGGCAACACAUUUCCAAGUCCCGCUAAUCGCGUCCAGGCAGACGGAAGAACUAUAAAAGCCUAAAAAUCAAAGCACGGGGAUUAGUCUUCACCCAAGGAGGAGACUCGUCUUACCUGAAGGCUUCCAGGUGCUAAGCCCGACAUGGGGGGUGCCAGGUUCUGCCUUUUGCUGCUACUGGGCACAUACACACUAGCCCAGCAAGAUGUAGGAAGUGUGGAUGACCAAUCUCCAACAUGCUUUUUGGCCAAAAGAUAUAAGAACUUCAGACGCUUUGUGUACGACUAUGAGGCUGAGACCUUCAACGGCGUUAGCGGCGCCACCAACAACAAGAGAGGCCCCAAAGUCUCCUGUAAAGUCGAACUUGAAGUGCCUCAGACCUGUAGCUUCAUCCUGCGCACUACAGAAUGCUCCCUGAGCGAGAUCCUUGCCGUAGACGAAGAGGGGAACGCGCUGUAUCGCCCCGCUGCUGGAGCUCAGGCCUUCAAAGCUGCAAUGGCCAAGAACCCACUGAAGAUCACAGUGGAGGGACAGACUGAUGUGAAACUCUUCCCCGAGGAGGACGAGCCCGUCAACAUCUUGAACAUCAAGAGGGGAAUCGUCUCCUCCCUCCUGGUUCCCGCCAUGGAAGAGGACAGAAACAACAAAAUGGCCACGGUGUAUGGCAUCUGCGCCACCGACUUCACGGUCAACACCAGAGGAGACAUCGCCACCGACGUGACCGUCAGCAGGGAUCUUUCCGAAUGCGACGGCUUCAGCGCUCACAGACACGCCACCAGUCCCUUGGCGGUCAUCUCCGGCAUGCACUACCCCUUGUCCAAGAUGAUCAGCAGCCGCCAGACUUGCAACUACAAGUUUGACAACCAGAAGAAGCACAUGACGAGUGGAAGUUGCACAGAGAAGCACAUCUUCCUGCCCUUUUCCCACAAGAAUGAGUAUGGAAUUUCGACUCUGGUGAAGCAGACUGUGACUCUGAGGGAGACUGCCAAGAUUAAUGACAGAAUCUUUGACCACAAUGAGGCCAACCUCCGCUUCUUGCCAAUGGACCACGUUGACAACAAGUCCCCAGUGCAAUCUAAAGAUGCCGCCAUUGCCACAAUGCAGCAGCUGGAUACCCUGUCCCAGACCAGUCAGGGCGAGCAGCGUGCCUCCCUCUUCCACAAACUGGUGUCUGAGCUGCGUGGCCUGAAGGCUGAUGUGUUGGGAUCGGCCGUCCUUGAGAUGAUGGAUGUGUCCAACUCCCUGACCAUGCAAGCUCUGAUCCAGUGCGGUACUCCGGAGUGCAUCAGCGCAAUGCUGAAAGUUCUCAGGACCGUUGAUAAAUCUGCUCUUGCAGUCGAUGCCGCAGUUUACGCCCUGGCACUGCUGCCUAACCCCUCCCGCCUCAUGGUCAAUGACAUGCUGGCCAUGGCUCAGUACAAGCAGAGCAAGCCCAUCAUGUAUGCGUUGAGUAAUACAGUCAGGAAACUGUACCAGACUGAGGGCAAAGUCACUCCGGAGAUUACUGCUGUUUCUGACUUCCUGGCCUCCCUUCUGGGCCCAGACUGUGCUGGGGACAAAGACCUGACCUUCCUGACACUUAGGGUUGUAGGUAACAUAGGAGAUGUCAUGGAAGAUGCCAACCCCGCUAUCAAGAACACCCUGUUGAAGUGCAUGAGACAGCCCACAACCACCCUGUCUGUUCAGCUUGCAGCCAUCCAGGCUUUAAGACGCAUGUCUUUGACAGAUGAGAUUCGCGCUAACCUCCAGAGGGUCUGCCAGUAUCCAAAGGGUGCUGUGCAGAAACGCCUUGCGGCCUACCUGAUUCUGAUGAGGAAUCCCCAAAACAGCGACAUUGAGAUGGUGAAAAAGAUCCUGAAGCAGGAGCAGAACGAGCAGAUUAAAUCUUUUGUGACCUCCCACGUCUACAACAUCAUCUCCUCCACCGAUUCUGACACCCAGAAGCUUGCUAGGAAGAUGAUGGACGCCUUGCAGGACAUUGACGUGGUCACUCACAAUGACUACACAACAAAGUCUCGCAACUAUAAGCUGGGCGUGGCGCAUGAAAACAUGCAGGCUAACAUUCAGGGCAACGUUAUCUUUGACCCUAGCAACCACCUGCCCAGAGAAGUCCUGCUGGAAUCUACCCUGAAAGCCUUUGGCUACAAUAUGGAUAUGUGGGAGGUUGGCAUCGAAGGGAAAGGCUUUGAGCCCACGAUUGAGGCUUUGUUCGGAAAGAAUGGCUUCUUCCCAGACACUCUGUCCAAGGCUCUGUAUUGGGCGGAGGACAAGAUGCCAAUCAAGAUAAAGGAAGUUCUGGAGAAGUGGGUUGUUCCGUUGAAAUCAGAAGGACAGAAGGUUCCUGAAGAUCUUAUGAGAGAAAUUGUUCGCAAUUUCAACAAGCUGAUGAAAGAACUGCAGAAUCAAGAAUCCCCGGAGGCCAUGGCCUACCUGAAGAUCAUGGGAGCAGAGCUGGGUUUCAUCAAGGCCAGCGAACUGAGGUUUAUUGUAGAUAAUGCCAAAAUGUAUGCAGACAUUUUCCUCAAGGUCCUCCCUACCCAGGUUCUGUCUAAACUGAUGUCCGGCACGGACAAUGAGAUCUUUAUCCAUUACAUGUUCAUGGACAACAAGUUUGUCCUCCCAACUGCAUCUGGCCUGCCUCUGACCUUUUCUCUAUCUGGCAUAUUUGCUCCCGGAGCUAAGGGAGGCCUUCGUAUUUCCCCAAACAUGAAUGAACUGUUGUUCAUGCCCUCUGUUGGACUGGAGUUUGUGACCCGAAUGGGAGUCCAUGUUCCCGAAUUUGUUGACUCGGCUGUUGAGAUGCACACCAGCUUGUACCACGAGAGUGCCCUCAAUGCUAAGCUAACCAUGGAGCCAAACCAGGUCAAACUCUCCAUCCCGGCCGCAAAGGGGACUACAAAGCUCUUAAGAAUCAGCAAUACCGUGCUGAUCGUGGGAGCAGACUUUACUGCCGAAAUCCCACACAAUAUGGGCGACGUAAACUGUGACUCCAUCCUCGGAUUUAAUUAUUGCACUAAAAAACUGCAAGUUGACCUUCAUAACAAAAAGAACGUGCCUUACUUCCCCCUGAACGGAGAGACAAUGUUUGCAAUUGACAUCAAGCCUGUCAAAGAGGUGUCAGCCUACACAGCCACUAUUGCAUACAAUCUCCUCAGUGAAGGAAAUGAUGGCCGCCAGAAGGUUGAUUCCCUGAAGAUGACUCUGAAAGCUGAAGGAGCUAAACCUACUGAAGCUUCGGCCACCAUGAAAUACAACAGGAACAGGAACGUCUUCACCACCCAACUCCAGAUACCCGACAUUGAUGUCGAAGCCGGAGUGAAGCUUGGCUUGACUGACAGCAGCACCAAAGGCAAAGCCAUCAUCCUUGAGCUCUCCAACAAGAAAGUGCCACAGCUCACUCUGACUGGUCGUGCCCAGCUUCAUGCCAUGACUGAUGGAAUGCUGCAGGUUCAGCUGUUGGUCCCCUCUCUGAAGACAGAUGCUACCAUCUCUGCUACCAUGAGCAAAGCUGAAGAUAUCAUCUUUGAGAUCAAAAGUGAUGUGAAGCUCCCAGAGACCUCAUCCAUUCAGUCAGUCACGUUCAAAUAUGGCGAGGACCAGGCUGAAGUUAAGCUGAUGUCCAACAUGAAUGCUGAGACCAAAGUUCUAGUGCCUUACACUGAAGCCCUCAGGGUCUGGGUCAGGCAGUUUGCUAAAGAUGCCAUGGAUCAUCGGGUUGUCAACACUGACAUGAAACUGCAUCAUAUUGUCAACAAGGCCCUUGAGGCCAGCAAGAUCUGGAUGAACAAGAUCUCAGCUGAUGUCCCCUACGUGGAGACUAUGAGGAACAACAUUGCAAAGGUGGAAAUGCCCUCCAUGCCCGACAACCUGUUCAUGAACAUGGAAAGCAAAUUCCGAUACCAGUUCAACAAGGACCAUCUGACCAUCAGUAUUCCAUUGCCUCUUGGAGGGAGAUCCUCUGAGGAAUUGAGGAUACCUCCCAUGGUCACAUCCCCUCACAUUUCCAUGCCACAGCUGGGAAUGGAGCUCGCCCCACGGGAGAUAAACAUACCCACAUUUACAAUCCCCUCUGAGCGAGAAAUCACUCUGCCCCUUAUUGGAAUGGUGGAAGUGUCUGCCAAGGUGAACAGCAAUUACUACAACUGGGAGACAACUAUGUCUGCAGGCAACAACACUGUGAACUCUCCAAACUACAUAGCAAAGUUUAAAGUUAAGGCUGACAGUCCAAUCAAACUUCUCUCCUUUACAACUGAAGGAGCAACAGAAGUUACCGAUACAGAUGAGAACACAAUGAAAUUCACUCUAAAUGGCACCCUGGAGCACCAGUUUGUGAGUACAAGGGUUAAUGUGGAGGAAACUAUGGCAGUCUCGGACAGUGUCAAGUCAUCAGGAAUCUACAACAUCCAUGCUGCCACCCCUCUUGGUCUGCGGACGUCUUUGGAUAUUACCAACCACUUCACACUUGAUUCAGCCAAGCUAUUUGGCGAUAUCAACGCUGACGGAAGUGUCAGUGUUGGAUCUUUAACCUCUAGCACCACAUAUCUCAACACCUUUUCAGUUGACCCUACAAAGAAGGAGGCCCGAUUGGAGAGCACGCUGAGAGCAAACUCUGAUAUCCUUAAGGUUAUGAACAAGAUCAAGGCUGUGUACGCAAAUGAGGAGCUUAUGAUUGAUUCCAACACCAAUAUCAACAGUGACCCCAUCAAGCACUCGACGAAAAUGAGCCUUAACCACAAGGAUGCCAAGCUUACCAUUAAGUCUAACUCUGUGACCAAGGCUAAUCAGAGAACACUUCAAAAUCAUGUGGAAUUCACCGCCUCUGAAGGUCAAGCCAACCUCCGUUUAGAAAAUAAGGCUGAUGAUACAGUAAACCGUGCCUACUCUUUGCUCACUGGCUCCAUGAAUCCCACUGGCUUGGAACUCAAUACUGAUGCCUCCAUUACCAUAUUUUCGAGCCUUUCCUCUCACAAGGCAACCCUGACCCUGAACACGAAUGGCCUGACCACCAGCUGUAUUACAACUGCUCAGCACAGAGCACUGACCUUUGAGAAUAUUUUCCAUGGGGGACUUGAUGCUGCUGGCGCUACCAUGUCUCUCACCACAAAGGGAGGCAUUCAAGAUAACAAAGUUGAGUUCAAUGUUGAAGGAAAGGUUGCCGGCUCGGAAGUCUACCUCAAUGGUCUCUUUACGGGCGACGUCCUGGGUGCCAACACAAGAAAUACAAUGAACUUCAGAGUAAGCGAAGAUGGCCUUAUCGUAUCCAACAGUAUAGUUGGAUCUUUUGACGAAAUGAGGACCGAUAAUACUAAUUCCCUUUCCCUUACACUGAAAACUUUGACCCUCCACACCAAGAGCAACAACGUCCUUAACAAGAGAAACUCCUACAUGCAUGACAUCACAGUUACCAUGGAGCAUUUUAUAGCCACAGUUAUGGUGAAAAAUGAUCUGAAGAUCAUGGAGAUCAACGUUAACAAUGAUGCACGGUUCACGGCACAACCCUACAAUGUGGAGCUGAUGGGAACACUGAAGGGAGUCUUGUCAGGCGAUGAACUCAAGCACACUUACGAAGUCAAGUUCAAGGACAUGGUCCUGUCUACAAAGUGCAACACCAAUGGUAAACUCCUGGGGUCUCAGAUCACACAUAACACAGAUAUGGAGGUCGCUGGUCUAACGAUGAAAUUCAACAAUCUUGCCGAUUACAAAUCACAGUCUCUUCGUCUUGACAGCAAGAUCAAUGCUGUUGCUAAACCCUUCUCCCUUAACAUUGAUGCCCUCUUCAACUCAAAUGGUGCAGUGUCUUUUUACGGACAGCAGAGUGGAGAGCUAUACAGCAAAUUCCUCCUGAAAGCUGAACCCCUACUGUUCACGCAUUCAUUUGAGUACAGAGCCUCAACCACUCAUGAGAUUGAUGGCAGGCCCACUAUCAAAACCAACGUGGACAACAAACUCAGCAGCACAUUGAGUCUCCAAGAGCAGCGUGUCAAUCUGAAGGUGACAUCCAAGGUCAAUGACAACACUUUUGAACAGGAAGUGGGGGCCUACAACAAUGCAGAGAGAAUGGCUGUUGAAAUGAAAGGUGCAUUGGCCACAAACCUCUUUAGUGAAGACAGUCAGGACUAUAGUGUUUCUGGAUUUGUCAAGUAUGACAAGAACACUGACAGCCAUUUCAUCCAGAUUCCAUUCACCGAGCACCUCCCUGCCAUGAUUGAAAAUGUAAAAGCCAAAGUGAUGACGCUGAUGGAAAACAGUAUUGAACUGCUGACAGACAUCAGCACCAAAUAUGAGAUCAGCACCAAGUUUCAGAACAAAAUAUCUGAACUGAAGGAGGUCAUUGACAACUUUGACAUCAAAGUCUUCGUCCAAGAUGUGAGAAAGUACAUCAACUCCAUUGAAAAUGUCUUAACCAACCUGACGGCCAACUUGCCAAUAGAAGAAGUCAUCAAUGUAUUGAAAUCAAUCAAGGAUGCCAUCAUGGCUUGGAUCAAGAAACACAACAUCCCUAAUAGGUUCAAUGUCAUUUAUGGCAAAGCGGAGGAAAUUCUGUCAAAGUAUGAGGUUGAGAAGCUGAUCGGGGCAGUGAUGGAUGAGGUUGUUAAAAUCAUGAAGCAGUAUCAGGUGAGGGAAAAGAUUCAAUCUGUAUUUGCUCUGCUUCGGUCAGUUGACAUUGAACCUUUAAUUCAAAAGGUUAUAGUACCUGUUAAGGAGCUUGUGAAUGAGCUGUAUUCCUUUGACUUCACACAGCUGAUUGAUGACAUUAGAAAUUAUGUCAUGAGAAUGGUCCAGAAAAUACAAUCCUUUGAUUAUGACACAUUAACAGCAGAGUUGAAAGAGAAAGUGACAGACAUGAGCAAGAUUCCCUGCUUUGGAAAACUCUACGGAGAGUUCAAAGUAAACUCGCCACAUUACAAACUGAGGACUACUGCAGAUCUAGAGAACACCACAGCUACAUCUGUAACACCAGAGUUCAAAUUGAACCUUUAUUCUCAGGCCAGAUCUACUUUGAAAGUCCUCCAGUUUACAGUAGAUGCUAGUGCACAUAUUGCUCUACCCAAGAUGAGACGUCUGGCAAUCUCAGAGUACAUUAAGAUCGAUCAGUCAUCUUUCAAAGUAGACCACAAGGGGACAAUGGCUGUCUACCACCUGGCAGGCCAAGGUUCUGCUGACACAUCUGUGAACAUAGCAACUGAGUUGUAUUCUGCAGAUCUUGUCAACAACAUGUUCUUUGCCAUGGAAGACGGACUCUCUGCCACUGUAAAUACAAACUACAACCAUGACCUCAACAUGCCGCCCCUGAACAUCUUCACUCACGUAACAACAACUCAAAAGACGAAUCUUACGCUGGAGGCAGACUCCGUUCAUGUGAAGAUGAACAAUCUGGCUAAUGCAAAAUAUGCAAUCCAGGAAUUUUCAGAUGAGGUAACCCACAACAGUGACAUGGACCUGGUUAUGGAUCUCCACACAGCCAAAGUGGCUUUUAUUGGUGCAACAGGCAGCAAAUUUGUAAAAAACAGUCAGAAUGUGGUUGCAGAUAUCUGCGUUUUCCGUCAUGCUAUUAUUGAUGCUAAAUUUGAAACAGAAGGACCUGACACAAACAGUGUUGCACUGCUGAAGUUCCAGGCAAAGGCUGAAGAUAUGCAAAUAGAUCUCACCGCAUCCCAUGAUGCUAAACUAAAUGGCGGAACUCUUUCAAGCUCUGCCCUUGCCUUAAUCACGCCUACCAAGCUCAUGUUUGACACCAAGAAUAGGGGAUAUUCCAGGCUACACUUUCCAUUCCAGCUGCCUGGAAAGAUGGAAUUCCAGAAUGACAUGCUUCUUACGCUGACCUCUGAAGUACAACAAGCCAGCUGGACAGGAAUGGCCCAAUUCCAACAAAACAAAUAUUCCCAUUACUUUACAAUGGAUAACGGCGAAAGGGAAAUCAAUAUCGUUUCUCAGAUCAAUGGAGAGGCUAAUCUUGAUCUCUUGAGGCUACCAAUCACUAUUCCUGAAAUAAGAGUGCCAUAUUUUGGAAUGAGGACACCAAGAGUUGACUUCACACUGUGGGAAGAUGCUGGCCUGAGAUAUUUCUUCAUCACAACUCAGCAGACUUUUGACAUGAGCUCCAAGAUGAAUUACAUGAAGAACCCUGAGAUGUUCACCAUUAACAUUAAUGUAGAUCCAGUAAUCAGUGUCAUUAACAGCAACAUCAAGACGCUACACAAGAAAAUGCUCAUCGGAAAAGAUAAGGCUGCCGCAGUACUGGCUUCAUCGUACGGCAAAGCACAGGCAAAGUACGAAAAAUACAGCAUUGAAUUGCCUAAAACAGUGACAGUCCCUGCUUACAAAGUUCCAGUCAUCAAUGUUGAGAUGUCAACAUUCACCAUUCCCCUCCCAGACACCAGCCUUCUCACAAUGCCUGCUCUGCAUGUCCCAUCAGCAAUCAGCAAGUUGACCCUUCCCAAAAUCACUCUGCCCAAAGUUAAGAGCAUAAGGGUUCCAAAGAUGGGUGAUCUGACCUACGAGUUGUCCUUGAAAACACCAAUGAUCACUCUCAAAACCAACACCAGCAUUCUCAACCACGAGAGCUUCAUCAUCAAACUUGAUGCAUCCUCAUCUUCAGAGUGCAAGCUUCUAACAGGAAAAAUUCAGGGCAACACCAAUGUUAAUGUAGUUGGCGGAUUUAAGAUGGCCUCUGUCCUGUCUGUAAAACACGCAGUGGUUGAAGGAAGCCAUGACAGCACAGUCGUCUUAAGUUAUGAAAACGCUGACGUGUCCAUCCGCAAUUCAGCAAUGGUCAAUCUGCUUGAUGAGACUAUGGAAAUCUACCAGGAGAUGACUGGAAACCCAGAAAAAGGCCUUGUUUCCUCUCUGUCCAUUCCACCUGCUGGACAUGUUGCGGUUCAGAUGCAGAUCGAGCGGCCAGCACAAGUGAGAGCAAGACUCUAUGGUCGCUAUCCUACUGAACCAAAAACAGACAUUGAUAUUUUGACCCUGAAGAUGGCUGUAACGAAUACUGAGACGCUGAACAUUCGGACUUCCUGGAACAUGGAGAUGCCUUAUGAGGUGAUGCUGGUAGCGAAGAAGACGGUACCUGCAGUCGUGCAAACAGUCACUACUCCUGCUGUCAUGACAUACGAGAAAAUUAACCGUUACGCCAGAAGCCUUGGGGCUUCCCUCGACCAGGCUAAGAACCAGGGUACAGUGUUGUUUAAGAAUGCUGUUGACAACAUUGCAGCAGUUAAUGCCUCCAAUGUCAUAACAUCUAUCGCAGAUCAGACUUCAUUUAUACUUAGAAAAUACCAACAAAGGGUUGAACUUUUUCUUGAUGCUGUGGUUAAAUUCCUGGGAGAGACCAAGUUCCUAAUCCCAGGGCAUACACAGAGGCUGUCAGGGCUUGAGCUCUAUAACAAAUGUAUUAACUAUGUCAUCACAGAAUCUGACAACGCAUUUGAGCAAAUCGCACACUUCCAGUUAUUCAGUUUUCUAAAAGCCGUUGAAAUCUUUGAAAACAUUCAUUUCACAAUUCCUGGCUCUGACCGUAGUGUCAGUGGAAGAGACAUCCUUGAUAGCUUAUUAGAAGCUCUAACAAAAGUCCAUGAACAAGUGACAAAAACACGGAUAUUUAAAAAUAUUGACAGGGAUUUUUCUGCAUUGAUGGACUUUAUUGUGGUCCAAAUGCAGAAGCUUUACCGAAUUAUAAAAACCAACAAUGUAGCAAAGUUCUCAACCUUUGUGACUGACAUGUAUAAUGAUGCCGUUAACUCCCCUGUCUUUGCUAAUGUUGUCAAGCGGGUUGAGAUGGUCCAAAGGAUAAUUUCUGAAUAUCUCACAACUGUCACAAGCAAACUUCAGACCAUUGUGGCUGACAUCUCCAUUGAACAGCUUCAAGCAGACAUUCAGCCCUCAUUUGACUUGAUGUUGAAACGCAUGAAUGCUUUCCAUAUCGAUGUCAUGAGAGUCCUUCAGGAGAUGAGUAACACAGUUGAACCAUUUCUGAGAGCUGGUGACAGACAGAUGGAGGUUGAUAUUCCUUUUCCCUUUUCUGCCCAGUUUGCCUAAAUACCAUGGCUAACCAUCUCUAAUCCACAAUGUUGUCCUGUCGUUUUGUCAUAUACAGUACAUUUUGUUCAUAAUUUCACAGCUGUUGACUAUUUUGCCUCAUUGUAUGUUGUACUAUUUAAAAACCUGCUGGCUUAAAUAAACACAGUUUUUACUGCAAA